CUUCGUUUCCACAUCCCACAAACACACGCACGCAGGCAAAAAUAUACUACUUAAAACCAUGGCCAAUAUGUUACAUUUGAGUUCAAAACGUGCUGCUUUCUUUGUUGGUACAAUCAUGUAUGCCUUGGCCUUUUCCUUCGUCACUGUUAGCGGACGACCGGCAACUUUUGUUCAAGAUUUUCGAGUCACGUGGUCCGACUCUCAUAUCAGGCAAAUUGAUGGAGGAACCGCCAUUCAGCUCACUCUUGACCGAAAUUCAGGAUGUGGGUUUGCUUCCAAGAACCAAUAUUUGUUUGGCAGUUUUAGUGUGAAGAUCAAGCUCAUUCCUGGUGACUCUGCAGGAACAGUUACUGCCUUCUAUAUGAACUCCGACACCAACUAUGUUCGUGACGAGCUUGAUUUCGAAUUCUUGGGGAAUCGCUCGGGACAACCCACCACUGUCCAAACUAAUGUCUACGUUAACGGGAAAGGUAGCAGGGAACAAAGGAUCAACCUGUGGUUUGAUCCCUCUAUAGGAUUUCACACUUAUACUGUACGUUGGACCCGGGAGAAUAUUAUCUACUAUGUGGACGACGUGCCCAUCAGGGUUUUCAAGAACAAUGAAGCGAUAGGAAUCCCAUACCCAAAGAGGCAACCCAUGGGUGUCUUUUCCACUCUUUGGGAUGCAGAUGACUGGGCAACCAGGGGUGGAUUAGAGAAAAUUGAUUGGAGCAAAGCCCCCUUCUACACAUACUACAAAGACUUCGACGUUGACGGUUGCGUUGUGCCAGGACCAGCUGCUUGUGCCUCCAACCCAAACAAUUGGUGGGAAGGACCUAACUACAGAGGACUAACCCCGCUUGAGGCUAGGAAAUAUCACUGGGUUCGCGCCAACCACAUGAUCUAUGAUUACUGCACCGACAGAUCCCGUUUUCCCGUUGCCCCACCCGAAUGCCUGGCAGGAAUCUAAAGUUGCAAUCCAAAGUCAAAAAAGAAAAAAGAAAAAAAACGCCCAUUCAUCUUUUACCUUAUCACACACUGGAUUCUCGAUUGAAAGUUAUAGCAGUAAAGUUGGAAUCAACGUGCGUACAUGCGCCUGCUGCCACAACUUGUGAUGGGAAAGCCAUGCAGAAGCAGAAGGGCAUUGGCUGGUGCAUGAAUAAUAAUUUGAUAUACUAUUUAUUUGAGUUUACAGGAGAUGAGAGCCAUUGAUAGUUGAAUUUGUGAGCAAAUGUCAAUAAUGUCAUCAUACCACAGUGUUUUGUUUGUGUCUUACUAAAUAAUUUUGUGUAUAGUGUGUUGUAAAUCAAUAAUGCCUUUUGUUCAUUGUGGAAAACGAGAAUAAAAAUGGGUUUGUGUUUUCAACAACCAA